UGUUAAAUGUAUAUAAUUGUCAAUUACAUGCGUCAAAAAACACUUAGAAUUUACAGUUUGACUGACCCAUAAUAUUUUACUUUGUUCUAUAAGUAUUGUAAACAAGGUGUGAAUUCUUUAUUGUUUUGAUCCAAAAGUUACAAUUUUCUCAAAAUGUCAUCUGUAGGGGGCUCGACUUGGGAAGAUGUUAGAAAACAAGCGCGUUUGCUAGAAAACGAAAUUGAUGUGAAAUUGGUGGGAUUCAGUAAACUUUUCAUGAGUUCUGCAACAUCAGGCCUUAGUUCCGAGAAUGUGCCGCUGAUCAACAGUGAAGAUAUGUUUGACACCCUGUCGAUGGAAAUACAACAGUUAUUAAAUAAGCUCUCAGCUAUCAAUGAUAGGAUGGCAGACUUAGCUCCGAGUGGAUCAGCUACAUUACACACUAUCAAGAGACAUAGAGAAAUUCUAAUGGACUACCAGCAGGAGUUCCAGAAGACUUCGGCCCGCGUGGGCGCGCGGCGCGAGCGCGAGGCGCUGCUGCACGGCGCGCCGCCCGCCGCCGGCCUCAGCCGCCGCGACCAGUUCUCCAAGGAGGCCAACCAUCUGCACAGUUCUCACAUACUAGUUGACGAACAAAUCAACAUCGCUAUGGAGGCCCGCGAGCAUCUCACUUCACAACGACAAGCGUUUAAGCGGAUGCAGACUAGAUUUAAUGACAUUACUAAUAGGUUCCCGAUGUUAAACAGCCUUUUCUACAGAAUAAACGCCCGAAAACGAAGAGACUCUCUCAUCAUAGGGCUUGUGGUCGCCGUCUGCACGUUUCUACUGCUCUUGUAUGCAUUCCAUUGAAAUAGUUAAUAGAAGUAAUAUAUUUUAUGGUAACUCUUUUCACAUAGAUGCAAACGAGGGGCGUUAAAUUAAGCUAUAUAUGUUAGAUUCCAUCUUUUUAGCCAUUUGCAAAAAUAUUAGUCUUAGGUCUUUUUUCGCCAGUUAUGGAUAGUUGGUCCUGCAAAUUAGUUACGAUUAGACUUGAAUUAUUAAUAUUUAUUUAUUUACCUUCAAAUGAGAUGAAAUUGAGUACUGUUUCCACAAUUUCCUCUCGACAAAUUUCGUGUAUAUAAAAUAAUAUAUUUUAUCAUAAUGUUCUCUUUA